AUGGUGAAACGUUACCCCCACAGACCAUCUAGGCUGGCUCUUCUGGAAGAGCUGCGCCAGAGAAAGUUCUUCGUGGCCAACGCUCCUAACCAGGCAGACCUGGAACCUGAAGAGCCGUCCAGCAGCACAGCUGUUGUUCCCACAGCCGGUGGCAGCUCUCAAGCGGCCGGUGGUGUCCUGGUUUCGGAGGACAGCAGCUCUGAAGGCAGCACCACCGAUCCAAGUGACCGAACAUGGCAAGGAGAUCAAGCGCAGCCGAGCGCAGGAGUCCGGGUCAAGAUGUUGAGCAUGGGGCUCUAUCAAAAAUUCCCUGCGGAAGAGCCCAUGUUGACAGACUUCAAGGGCUACCUGAUCAACACCCUGCAGGUCACAAACUGCCAGCAAGUGAUAGACAACGUCUCCAGGAUGCUGAGAUACAUCCAGCCGAGUGGGGAUGUAGUCACCUUAGACUUCCUGCUGAAGUCCACUGAGACCAAGGACUUCCUCACACAACUCCGGCGCGCUGACAUGGGCCCAUCCACCAUACUGAACUACAUCAAGAACAUGAUCCGGUUCGUUCAGUAUCUGAAGACCCACCUCAACUUGGUUGCAGCAGAUGCUGACUUCUACAGGAAGUGCCAAGCAUACAUCGACCUCCUCACUUCCCUCAGAAAGCCAGUUUCCAAGUCGAACAGCAAGGUCACUUGUAAAAUCAGGUAUGAACGGUUCCUUGAGGGUGAGAAGAGCCUUCAGGAGUGCCAGGCAGUCCUCCGGAAGGCCCAUAAAGACAUGCUGUCCGUUUAUGGGAGGAUGCUGGAAGGUGACCAUGUGGCUUCAGAGGAAAAGACCAUGUUCCGUUACUACUGUGAAGCAAUCCUGAUCCUCGCUCACUUCCAGAGACCAGGAGCGGUGGAGGGAUUAACUACAACAGAGUGGGAUGAGAGAAAAAAUCAUAGGGGAAAGGUGUGUGUGGCUGUCAGCGAACAGACUGCAGCAAUGCAGAUCGCCGUGUUUGCCCUAUCAAUGGAGGAGGCAGCAAUGCUGGACGCAUACUACACCUGGAUCCGCCCUGACUGCAUCCGGCCGGAUGUAGAACAUGGAAACAGGUUGUUUGUUUCAUCCUCGGGCACGAAGAUCAGGAGUGCGACCAAUGACCUCGCUCGUCUGCACGCACACUACAAACUGCCCAACAUCAAAAGCCAGCAGGUACGCAGGACCGUGGAGACAGAUGCGGCUGCAAACUUCACAGAGGAGCAGAAGGCGUCUGUUGCACACUACAUGGCCCAUUCGACGGCGGUGGCGAACCAACACUACCGCAUGAAGACCCUGGACUCUGUGGUAGUGACCUCAAACCUGCUCACCUCCAUGAAUCGCUACUCUUCUGACGACUCUGGUGAAGAGUGCACCCAGGCAGAGAAGAGAAGGCGAGUGCAAGAGGAAGAGGUUAGCAGCCCAACACCCGACUUUGACGAUUUCCUAAAGGCCUUCCCUGUAGAAAUCUCUGGCCAGCCACCCAACAAAACCCAGAGAGCAAAAGCUGGGUUCCCCACUGACAGAGUCUUCUAUGACAAGUGGAGAGCUCUGCAGUACAGCAAGCGGGAGCAACAUCUUUUAUCAAAAUGCUCAAGAUGUGCCCCAACUGCAGCAAAGGUGGCUAAAGUCAUAGAGGCAGAGGGCUGGACGGCCAAUCAUCCCCGGCCAGAGGACGUCAUUGUGAAGUGGAGGCCGCUCAGCAGAGCACAGGCACAGAGUGACCCAGCCAUCAUCAGGGCGGUGACCAGUCAGAAAUGGCGGGGUCUGGCUGUGAAGGAUUUCGGGGGGCAGAAAGGAGUUGUUGCAACCAAGGCCUUCGGGAAGGGCUCCAUCCUGUGUGAUUUCCACGGAAAGGUGAUCACAGGUGCUGAGGGCAGGGAGAUGGCAGAGAUGCAGGAUGAGCUGGGCCGCCUGUUUUUCUUCAAACACGGCAGCGAGGAAGUCUGCAUCGAUGCGGAGACCUUCCCCUGUGAGUGCCACCCGUCUCUGGAAACCCCAGGGAGAUGGAUUACGCACUCCAAGAAGAAGUUCAACGUGCAGCCACGCCUCUGCACAGUGAAGCUGCAAGAAGGAGACAGGGACGUCAUGCUCUUUCAGGCCACAAAGGACAUUUGCAAAGAUGACCAGAUCCGCUUCGACCACAGCAUUAAGAAGAGGUGUUUUCGUGGGGAGGAAGAGGAGCUGGAGUGGCUGGAUGACUGACAACCUACCCGAACAGACUCUAUAAUUGUAUUAUAGUGUACAAACACAUAGGCUAAUUUAUCCUGCUGUUUAUUUAUUCCAAAAAAGAAAUGUUGUUCUGAUUGUCUAGUUUGAAUACCAACUCAAGAGUCAUUGUAGAGCAUCUUUAUGACAACAUGUGUCAAUAAAGUUUUUAUUUGAUA